AUGUCCAGCGUGGAAAAAAAACGAGCUUCAAGUUCGAUUGAAGAGGAGACGGGUGUAGUCAGAUCCGGUUAUAUUACAGCUGCAUUAGCUCCUGCCAAAACGAAAAAAACAUAUUAUGCUGUGUUGGGUCAUCGUGCGCUUGAGUUACAUGAAAGUGAGAAAAAAGCUCAAAAAAAAAACCGACAUCCACGAUAUUUGAUUGAUCUCUCCACAUGCUUCAAUAUUAAUCGACAUACUAUUAGUUUAUGCUUACAGUAUGAUGGUCGGCUGAAAUAUUGUGUAGCAGUUAUGACACCUGAUGAGACGUUAUUUUUGCGAGCGGAAACAGAUGCACUGAGUGAUGAGUGGUUCGAGACGCUGAUUUCAACUGCAACUUUAGCUCGAGCUUUGCAUCUUGGCCGACCUGUUUUAUCUAAAGAAUUUUUUGAAUAUGUGUGGGAUAUCACUAUAGUUGAAAAUCUGAAGCUACGAAAACCAGUUAAACCAGUCGAGGAAAUAGUUAAUAUAUGUUCAAAAAAUCCAUCUCUGAUAGGACCUCAUCGAUUAUGUUUUUACCAUCAUACAAUUAUUGUAUGUCGGCGAGGUAUCGAACCAGCAUCUGCAGAUAAUUUACCCAAGUCAGGCAUUCCUCCGUUUAAAACGACUGACUAUAUCGAGUUUCCGCGUCAAUACAUGGCAAGUUUUGGCUGCCAGGAGCGGUAUUUUUUUAUGGUCAUGGGUCGCUCGUCGCCAUCUGGUGCUUGCGAACUCUGGGCACUGUGUGAGUGUGAGGAAGUAGCUGCUGAUGUGCAUAGGAAAUUAAAUAAAAUCAUUGAAGAUGAAUGUGAGAAAAAAAGAAAAAUGUCGUAUGGAGCAUUGCUAUAUCCAUCUUCAUAUAAUGCACAUCGAGAGCGACUUCAUACUCAUACAGGAGUUCGACGAGCAGGCACUGUUACCGCAAAGAAAUCAACGCCUGACGAAUUAAUGCUUAAAGAAAGGCGCGCUCAGUUACGGGAUUAUAAAUGGGCUGCAAAGUCAAUCCAAGAAACACUGCAAGAAGGAUCAUUGUCGCCUAACGUUCCCUCUAUUGUAUGGUUUGAUGCAAAUAGUUCUAGGAAUAGAAGCUUGCGGAAUUCAAGAUCAGUGCAAAAUAGCAUGGGAGGAAGGGUUGAUCGAACACGAAGUUUUGAUACGAAAAUAGUGGUACCUUCAUCACCACCAUCUUCUUCUGAGGCAAAAAAUGAAAAGAGUAGUGAAGUAUGCUAUCCGUUAGAACUAUCACUGGACAAUUUGAAACAACUAAAGAUUUCUCAGCAUCGUUCUUCUAUUACGUCAUCGUCAGCUGCAGAAGAAACAGAAGAUAGUGGUAGUACAUUACGAAUCGAGACGGAAGAAACAUCGUAUCCUACUGAACCAAAUGUAGAAGACCAUAUCACAAAAGAAGCUUCUCCAGUUUUACAGAGGCAGUGUGCAUCAUGUAUGGAAUCUCACAAAGCUAUACCAGUAACAAAUAAACAGAUUGAUUGUGAUGAUCACGUAGAAAGGGCUUCGUUGUCUGCCACUGGAAGUACAAGUACAAAUGAUGAUUUUUUGCAGACAACACCUGGAGAAAUGUCAGAAGGUGCAUCUGUUGAUAAUCUGGAAUAUGCUCCUAUGGAUAUGAGUUCAUGGUCGUCAGGAAGCGCAUCACAUCUUGGUCUUUCACUAGGAGAGCCUCAGUUUAAUUUAGAAGAAGUUCGAUCAUAUGUGUCUGACAGCAGUGAUAGCUGCUACUCAUCAAUAGCAGCAAAUGGAGCACCACGUGCCUAUUCGUUUGGUGCAUCACACAUCAGCCAGCAGUGGUCAGGGCAUUUAGGAAAGAAACCGGUACAUCCUGAUAACAGUUCGCCAGCACGAGAUUCAAAGCGAUGUAGUGCAACUUUGUCACAAGGCGAAGAUUUGUGUCAUCGAAAUAAGUCAUCACCAUCAACAUCCAUUUCUCAAGAUGAUGCUCGUAAAAGAGCUUUUUCUUUAGGAAGCAGUAAAUCAUGGUUUCAGAAGCCAUUUCGAAAGCUCUCUCGUGAUUUCAUUUCUCGUGCACAUCGUUCAUCGAAUACAUCGCAGGCAUCCUCAGUGAGCACUACUGGAUUGUCACUCAUUCAUUCACCUAAUUCCUGCUUUUUGCCAGUGACAUCCCAAUGUUUCGUGGCAAGUGACCAGAAUGCAACAUCUCAUGAUUUCCUUUCUGACAAUGAAGGUAUUGUUGUAAUAUCAGUAAACAUUGUGCUAUUUGUCACCAUGGCAGCAUUUGGUACUUGGGAGAAAAUGUAUAUGACUUCAAGCUUUCGCUCGGAGAGCAUAGAAUCGACUCUUUCUGCUCCGUAUUCCAAACGCUUCGUGAGUAACGAUCACACUGGCGAUCAUAUGCCAGUGGAUUUCGGUUGUGCUAUUUUGUCAUUCGGCAAAUCAGCAAGCAGUUCGUUGCACAGUGCUGAUAGUCCUUCAAGGUCACGAACUUCUUCGUUCGGUUGUGGUCAAAGAUAUUACGGAGUACGAGAUUCGGGUGAUGCAGUCAUCCAUACUCAGGAGAAAGGCAAUGAAAGCCCUUCAAUUUCUACUUUGCGACGAUUAUACGAGCGAUGUAGGGAACACUGUAACAGCUCAGUAAGCGUACCAAAUGAAUCUGAUGAAGAUGACGAUUAUGUUGGAAGAGAUCCGGCGGAGACUAGUUCUUCUGAUCUGCAUAAUUCACCAAAAUCUGGCUAUGAGGGACAGCUGACUGCUAAUGGUUAUUCUGAUUCUCGCAAUUCACAGGUUUUCGAGACCAUACAAGAAAGCUUGUCAGGAAGAUCAUCUCCUGCUUCCUCAAAAGAUAUUGAGUCGGCUGGCAGCCAUAAUGAGUGGAAAGUUCGAAGUAAAGUGAAUUUAAGAGCUGAAAAAGAAUUUUCUGAGAAAGAAACCAUUAGAGACAAUAACAACGAAAAGAAGCAGUCUGAGUCGAUCGAUUUAAUUUCUGAUUCAGAUUACGUUCAUAUGGAUGUAAGUCUGAUUUCUUAG